AUGACUUUUAAUGGUACUUGGAAAGUGGACCGAAAUGUGAACUAUGACAAGUUCAUGGAAAAAAUGGGUAUUAACAUGGUGAAAAGGAAGUUUGCAGCUCAUGACAAUUUGAAACUAAUAAUCACACAAGAAGGAAAUAAGUUCAUAGUGAAAGAAUCAAGCACUUUUCGAAAUAUCGAAGUUGUUUUUGAACUUGGUGUCAACUUUAAUUACAGUUUAGCAGAUGGAACUGAACUCAGUGGGAACUGGACCUUUGAAGGGGAUAAACUUGUUGGAAAAUUUAAACGAGUAGACAAUGGGAAUGAAUUGAUUGCUGUCCGAGAAAUAAUAGGUGAUGAACUAAACCAGACUUAUACAUAUGAAGGAGUUGAAGCCAAGAGGAUCUUUAAAAAGGAAUAA